CGGACGAAGCAGCUAAGGGCACGUCAGUCCAACUAUCCGACGUGGCAUCAAGAGAGAGUGCCGAGCUCGCAAAUGAGGGGGAUGGAGAGGAAGGGUUGCAGGCAAUGGAGGUGCUGCGGCCAGAGAGAAUCGGUGACGCACAGUCGCUGUCGUCAUUGCCGUCAUCGCCGUUGUCAUUUCCGCCAUCGUCAGGUCUUUUAUCGAAAGGGCAAAUUGAAUCCUUCCUUUACCCGGACAAAGAGGAGCUUCCGGAUGACGUAGAGAUGUCGAUCUGGGAUCAUCUCGAAGAAUUGAGACAGCGAGUGUUCUUCUCGGCGGGCGCGGUUGGUGCGUGUAUGGUGGUAUGCUUCUCCUUCGUUAAAGAUCUCGUCAGGAUUUUGGAGGCGCCUGUCUAUUCUCAGGGUGUCAGGUUUUUGCAACUCUCGCCUGGGGAGUACUUUUUCACCACCUUGAAGGUUGCAGGCUACGCGGGAUUGUUGCUAGGGAGUCCGGUGAUUCUGUACGAGAUCAUCGCUUUUGUGGUUCCAGGCCUGACGCGGAGUGAGCGCAGGUUUCUCGGCCCGAUUGUUUUCGGGUCUUCUAUCCUCUUUUACGUGGGACUUCUCUUCUCCUAUGCCGUUCUCACACCCGCUGCGCUCAACUUCUUUGUCAAUUACUCCGAAGGCGUUGUUGAGUCCAUCUGGUCCAUCGAUCAGUAUUUUGAGUUUGUGCUGGUUCUCAUGUUCAGUACGGGGCUUGCAUUCCAGGUGCCAGUGAUUCAGCUGCUUUUGGGGCAGACAGGGCUUGUGACUGGGGAGCAAAUGUUGGCGGUGUGGAAGUAUGUUGUUGUGGGUGCGGUUACAGCUGCAGCCGUACUCACACCGUCGACAGACCCACUCACCCAACUCCUUCUUGCUGGUCCUCUUAUGGGCCUGUACUUAGGAGGGGCCGCGAUGGUGAAGGCACUGGAAAAGAACAAAAAUGAGGUGACGUGAGGUGUACUCUGUACCUAUUAUGCAAUAUGGCUUCCUGCUCCUGCCGGAUUCUCUCUCUCUCUCUCUCUCUCUCUCUCUCUCUCUCUCUCUCUCUCUCUCUCUCUCUCUCUCUCUCUCUCUCUCUCUCUCUCUCUCUCUGUAUGACGGUCACAAAAUAAUAAAAAUAUAUAGUACCUGCCUACUACCUACCUGCUACCUACCUAAUUAGUAAUUACAUCACACGAGUUUACUUCACCUUUUCGAGUUUUUUUCUCAAAGUUUUUUUGUAUGUAAAUUAUAUACACAUGGCUCUCUCUCACCUUUCUUCCCCAUCUCUCCCAUGUGAAAUAUCUUAUCUUCUAUUCAGUUGGGUGAGUCGUUCCGUUGACGUUGUGGGUUCCCAUUGAGCAAAUUCUCCUGUGGACUCUUCAGUUGUGCAGGGCAAGUAAUAAAAUUUGAAAAUCUUCUGUUAAUUUAAAUCAAGUCUCAAUUGGUGCACUAUAUUUGCUUCAUCCCAUGGCUCUUCUGCGUUCAGAUCACACCACGCACUUGCACUGCGUAUGCUGUCUGCGCGACUCUGCAGCUAUUGCUGUUUGCUGUUGUCCUCCUCCCUUUUUUUGUUUAUCCAUUUGCUCCCAUUUUCAGCAACGACGAUGUUCCGCAAUCUGCAUUGCAAUUCCAUUGUGGCUUAGAAACAGUGAGCGAACCAAGAAGUGGUGCUUAGAAACUGUGAUCGCACAAUGUUUGCAGUACUGCAGCCUUAGAGUAGAAUGGAAUUGCAAUGAAAUUAUGAAACCACU